UGAUAAUGAUAUAAGUAUCAGGUGCGAACAUUUUUUGUUGAUUGUUGUGGAACAUUCUAGGAAAGACUCAGUGUACUUCACAGAAUUGUAGUAUUUCAUAGCACAAUAUUGCCCUCUUGAAAUUGAAAGGAAUCUUAACAUUUGUGGCGUCGUGAAUAGAUUAUAUUGGGCUUGGACAGUACGUGAAAAACAAAAAAAUGAAGAACGAAAUAGCGGCAGCAGUAGUGUUUAUAACACGCAUGAUAAAAUCAAAGGGAAACCUCACUAAAGAACAAUUAAACACGUUUUCAGACAAGUUAACUGUAGCAUUAGCGAAAAAGUAUCGUAAUCAUUGGUACGAGGAAUCGCCAUCACGAGGUCAAGCUUAUAGAUGCUUACGAGUCAGCCCCAACGUACCACAAGAACCUAUGUUGAAAACAGUAGCUAAAAAUGCUAAUCUCGAAUACACGCAGCUUUGUUUGCCUGAAGAAAUGGUGUUAUGGGUUGACCCAGGAGAAGUAGCAUGCAGGUUUGGAGACAGGGGAUCAACAUUUUUAGUGUCGUCAUCCAAAAAAGAUGUUACAUCGAAUAUCAAUACAAAUGAGUCGCAAAAUGGAAUACAGAAACGAGUUGCAGGAGGAUAUGUGUAUACCAAAUACAGCAAGCAACCUGUAAAUAACUCACACCAAGCAAAAGACCAGCACCAAGCACACAACCAAUACCGGUACCAAGACCAAUACAAAGCAUACAACCAAAACCGGUAUCAACAAGACCAGUACCAAGCGCAAGACCAGUAUCAUUGGCACAACGUGUACAACACACAAAUAGCAGUAGCAUAGUCCCUAGGUGUACGUCUUGACCAAAUUUGAUUGCCAAAGUUUUAAAUACUGUAUUUUGUAAAUUUUAAAUUGUGUACAUUACAGUUCAUAUAUUCCAGAAUAUUUUUUGAACUAUAAAAUUAUUCACCACCUUUUGAAUAUAUAAUCUCCUUUACUGGUGUCCUUUUUUUUUAAUAGUGGAAGAUUUGUCUAAUAUUUGUAACUUAUAAAAUUAAUAUUAAAGUUUUUACAUUUGAAUUUUGAAGAUCAUUUUUUUUUUAAAUUUUAUAUGGAUUUAUUUUAUCUUAAUGGCUGAGUAGAGGCAGGGCACCAUUAUUGUAGAUAACUCCUGAAGUGCACUUCUAAAAAUUUCCAAUAUUGUGACCAGUACUUGCUUAGUUAUCAGCAGCUUAUCUUUAUAUACUUUUAUUGUUGACUUGUUGCAAUGUGUUGCCAUUCAGCCGGGUCUGAAGGCUUUUUUUUACAAUACAGUAUUAUAAAUGUUGCUGAUAUGUUUUGUCAAUGUUUAAUAAUUUGUUUUAUAGCAAAACCUACAAAAUGUAAAAAAAAUAAA